UACCAAACCUGCAAAACAAGUUUGAGGUUAAAAAGCAUCUGAACUUAGUUGGGGAGCAUACGUUUACUGGAAGCUAUGGAAGAAAUACUAUCAAAAGUGGAAAGCUUCCAUAUAGGAACGAUUCUCACCGAAGCCACAGCAAGCAUGCCCGUGGUGGACAGCUAUGAAGAGGACUGUUCUGAUUUUGACGCCAGUGCUGAGAUUGAUGAAGAAGAUGAAGAGGAGAUGCAGAUCAAGUCACAAUGUGAAAAAUGUAAAGCAGCUCAGCAGAGUCCUGAGUAUGUGAAGGUUACCCCAACGAAGAUUUCUAAGUGGAGCUUCCAGGUACAGCUGGAAGGCGAGGGGACCUAUGAGUGUUCGGUCACAGGUCUGGUGUUUGAAGUGUCGGAGCAGGCUCUGGUCCGCUACUCGGUUCUGUCCUGGUCCAAAUUCUCUGAGUUCCUCCAUGACUCCUGGAGACCUGCUGGAUCGAUUUAUGAUGUGGAUGUGGUCAACAAGGAUUCAUCUGUGCUCAAGUUUAUCCAUUUCCCACACUCUCUGUGCCUUGCUGAACCUGAGCAUGACCUGAGCUUCAGUGUUCUGCAUGUAAAGGAACAACAAGCCGUCAUUGAGUCAACGGUGGACUUCACGGCAAGCCAUGUUAAAUGGCGUGUGUCCUCGCUUUCUCCCCUGGGUCCCAUCAUUUCGUGCAGUGUGCAGGUGAAGCACCACGGGGUGGUGCUGGUUUACAAGGAGCGGAACAAAAAACCGACAUUCACCUUCCAUGUGUUUUUGGCCUUGAACAACUGCUCUGAGAUCAAGGCUAUUGAAGAACAGGUGCUCUCUUCCAUUAAGACAUGGAUGAAGAUUGACAAACCGCCCACAUGUAGGCUGGAAGAGAAGUACCACAACCUCAAAAGCGAGCCAGAAGGGAAAAUUGAACCCUCGAAUCUAGAAUUCACCACUGAAGUUGUACAGUUGAAGGGCUUUUUUGUAGUACGUUUCGACGAGGGACCUCCGUUCGAAUUGUUCAUCAGAGCCAAGGACUCUGAUGAACCUUUGUGGUCUACUACAAUCAGAGAAGAGGAUUGGAACGGCAAGAAGAAACCAAAUCUAUGGAAGAGAUUUAAACUUUGGUUUGCGGCAAGGAUUGCUAGAGCUUGGACCCAAAAAGGCAAAAACAAUGUCAAUCAUCUGUUGCGGUUGUCAGUUGGGCCAGGGAAGCUUCAAAGGAUCCGUAGUGCAUUUGUGGAAGGAGUUUCAACCCCACUUAUCAAAGGUCUCCUGGAUGACCUUUGGCAGCAGAAGGUGUUCAGUACUGAGGAAAAGGACUCUGUGAUUGAGAACCACCUGUGCAAAGCGGACCAAGCACGGUGUCUGAUCGACAUGGUGAUGGGGAAAGGGGAGAGAGCAAGUGAGGAAAUGAUCAAUAGUAUGAAGGAGAGGGACCAUCAAUUAUGCUUAACCCUGGGUCUGAUCUCUGAUCCGGUCUGAAUUUGUCACUUUGAAAGUACUUUUAAAGAAACUGUCACUGUCAACAUUGUUUUGACAAGACAUUACAUUUAUUUAGCUGACAAAGUAAUUGUUGCUGUCAUGUUUAGAAUAGGUCCUCCUUCCUGUUCAAGUACAUGUGAACUAUGCUGUUCUCCUCAGGUACCGCCUGUAUCCAGAAAGGCAUUCCAUCAACCAUGCUAAACGCAAAGCCGGGCUUAUUUCGCUUAGCUUAGCUACUUUCAGUUACUCUCCCUUUCAGAUAUUUGAUCCAUGAUUCGACAUUUACCGUUCUGUGAACAUUUCUCGUGAGCACGCAUAGGACAUGAUAACGCUAGCCUGGUUUGAACUAACUUGAACAAGGCGUGGCUGAAUUGCGUUGAUGGAAUGGCUUUAGCCUCAAGUGGAAGUUGGCGUCAGUUCUAACUGGGCUUAAAGGGAUGAUUCACCGGUGGAGAUAUGAAGGUUAUAUGAAGUAAAUAAUUCUGUGUAUUAUAAAUGUGCGAAAAAAUUUGAAAUGGGUUCAUCCUAGCCUGAGAAAAGGCAGAAAGUGACUCUCUGCCUCAAAAGUAAGAAAUCCUCCAACUACCACAGUGCAUUGUGCUGGCUGCACCGCCCGCCUGUUUCCGUUUGGAGGGGG